CGUAUGAAAUGCUUUCAGGUGACAGCUUUAAACAGUAAUAUUUUGCGCAUUUUUUUUAUUUGUUUUUUCUUUUCACUGCAGAAGAAGAGCAAGAGUGUGGUCAGUUCAGCUUCCCUUCUAAAAAUCCUACAUAAACAGAUUUAAUUCUUUUUUUUUUACUUUCAGUUUUGUUUUGACCAGCUGUGAUCUCUCCGUUAGACUGAGUGAUUUAUGAUCUGCAGGAGAAUCACAAAAAGAAUUAAAGCGCUUCAGGAGGGACAUAUUAUCUUUUUAUCAUUAUUAUUUUGCUUUCUAUUGUUUUUCUAAAGUUGUUUCCAAGCGCACAACAGGGAUAUUGUGCGAGUGUCAGGAAAUCCAGUAUAACUUAGUUUUUUUUAAAUAAAGUUAUGCAAUAGCUCAUUUUCUCACAGGAAGGGAAAUCAAACGGUCACUUUUCUUUUUAGUAUUUAUUUAUUUUAAUCUAUCAAGCUGGUUCUGAGACAAAGAUGAACUCCGAGAAUACCCCUUUGCUGCGAAGAACUGCAUCAUCUCUCUCCCAGAUCAGUAACUCCAGAUUGUAUCUAGCCGUGUUCUCAGCAGUUCUUGGUAACUUCAACUUCGGUUACUCCCUGGUCUACCCGUCCCCCGUCCUGCCGAAGCUCACAAGUCCUGACGCAGACCCUGGACUCCGGAUGGACCCGAACCAGGCGGCCUGGUUCGGGUCCAUCUACUCCCUGGGUGCAGCAGCCGGGGGUCUCGGGGCGAUGUUGCUCAACGACCUGAUUGGACGGAAGAUGAGCAUCAUGAUGUCAGCGGUUCCCUCGACCGCUGGAUACAUGCUGAUUGGAGGAGCCAUGAACUUGUCGAUGCUCCACGGGGGCCGAUUCUUGACCGGUGUCGCCGGGGGCAUGACGGCCGCUUCAAUUCCAGUUUACAUCUCAGAGAUCUCCCACAAAAAAGUCAGAGGGGCCCUGGGCUCCUGCCCCCAGAUCACAGCUGUGUUUGGCACCCUGACGCUCUACGCCCUUGGCCUGGUGGUGCCGUGGCGGUGGCUGGCGGUGGCGGGGUCCGUGCCCGCCGUGCUGAUGGUCGUCCUGCUGGUGUUCAUGCCUUCCUCCCCCAGGAGACUCCUCUCCCUCGGCCAAGAGCAGAAAGCGGAGAAAGCCCUCCGCUGGCUGAGGGGAAGCAACUACAACACGAGCAUAGAGCUCAACGCCAUACAGCACAGCAUUAACACACAGGUGAAAAUCACCUGGACUCAGCUGGGCAAGCCCACCUAUUAUCGGCCAAUCCUGAUCUCGGUUGGGAUGCGUUUCCUGCAACAGAUGACGGGAAUCACGCCGAUUCUGGUUUUCCUGGAGCCGAUCUUUGCCAAGAGCAAAGUCUCCCUGGAGCCCAGGUACGAUGCUGCCAUCGUGGGUGCAGUCCGCCUCCUCUCUGUCGCCGUGGCAGCCAGCCUGAUGGACAAGGCAGGACGUAAAGCCCUGCUGUACACGUCCAGCAUGCUGAUGUUCCUGUCCUCUCUGACGCUGACCAUGAUCUCCCACACCACACCUUGCCCUUCUAUAAAUAUUACGGCGCCAAACUCCGAGCUGGGCACCACGUUACAGGCCAGCCAGGAAACGGCUUUGAGCUUCGUCCCGCUCAUCUGUACAAUGGUGUUUAUAUUCGGAUACGCCAUGGGAUGGGGACCAAUCACAUGGCUGCUGAUGUCAGAGGUGCUGCCACUGGUGGCCAGGGGCGUGGCAUCAGGCCUGUGUGUCACAGUGAGCUGGGUGACGGCCUUCGCACUCACGCACGCUUUCACCCUCCUGGUGGACGCCUACGGCCUGUACGUGCCCUACCUGAUGUUCACGGUGGUGUGCGUCUUCUGCCUGCUGUUCAACGCCGUGUGCAUCCCAGAGACUCGCAAGCGCUCGCUGGAGGAAAUAGAGAACUAUUUUAGGACUGGACGCACGUUCACCAUCAGGCAAAAUCAUCCCAGCGUGGUGUCCAGCUGAAAACAAGAGGGCAAUCCGAUCAAAAGGAACCGCUCUGAAAGUGAAGCAAUAAACGCUUAAUGUGGCUCAUUUCAGAUUAAGAACCCAAGAUAGUAAUUUUAGGGUUUUUAACAUAUCAUUUCUAAUCAUUGCUACAAAUCCUUGCAGAGGUAUUCAUCUCCCUUGAACUUUUUCAUAUUUCAUCACUGUACAAUCGCAAACGUCAGUGCAUUUUACUGGGAUUUAAUGUCAAAAACCAUCACUAGAUAGUGCAGGAUUUAGUUUUAAAUUAAAUAAAAAUAUUAAAGUCUGCACUAAAUAUGUAUUCAUUCUCAUUAGUUUAAAACUUGACAGAACCUUCAUUCUCUACGCUGAUUGUUCAGUCGUUGUGUCCACCACAUGUUUGUCACCUGUAGCUUGUGACAAACAGCUUUUUUUUUUCUUCACAUCUCUAUUCCACCAAAGCCAAACUUGUGAGUUGUAAGUAAUGCAAGCAAAAUGUGAAUAAGUUCAAGGAGCAUGAAAAUGUUUCGGCCUCACUGUGGCCCAAAGAGACGGAUCAGAUCGAUGACGGACAACAAACAAGAACCCGAUGAUGAAGCUCUUUCACACAGAUUAAAGCAUUUGUACCGGACCAACACAUCUAAUUUCUAUAGGGGAAUUUAAACAGUUACAUCGACUCAGGCCAAAAACAGAAAAUCAUGGCCUUGUUAGCUAAAUAAAAACUGAAGUAGAUACAGCCUGAGAGCUGCAUAAGAAAAUUACUGACUUCUUUCUAUUCCUUUACACCUUUACAUCAUUACUCUAGAGUUUUACCUUUGUCUGCUAAUUACUGUUACAUAUAACACUUGAGAGGUGUGACGUAAAUUUGCCAGAGCAACAAUUAUCACGUUGACUGUAGAUUUUAUUUAACUACACUAAUAAAAAUUGUAAAGAAAACUCUGUAUAAAUAUUUCAGAAAAAACAAAACUGCAGCAAAUGAAAAAAAUGCACUAUAUUAUGGUUCUACUUAUUUGCAACCAUGAAAGUUGGAAGUCUAAACAACUGAGCCAAACCGGAUCAUCUGGGCCGGCCAGGUCUGCCUAGUCACUUCAUAACUUCUCUUCUGUGAAUUAUAAUCAUAUUGGCCAAUCACAGCAGCUUCUGUUCUUUGUAAAUGUUGAAAAUGUUGUUUGCAUGAAGAUAUAGUUUAUAAAUGGCUACCGUAAACAUUUAGACAACGAAGACGGAAUAUGUACUCAUGAUAUGAAGUGAUACCAAGUUUGGUUGAAAGAUAAAAAACAGUUUAAUCAGUUUUUAUGUUAAAAUGAGAAAAUAAAUGGUCAUAUAAAUUGUUA